UCAUGGCCGGGAUCGUUUCCUCCUCCACCGCUUUUCUUCUGCUCCUCGUCCUCAUGCCCAAGAACGGCAGCGAGGCCUUGGCGGCAGAGAUGUGCUACUGCUAUCAGAGGAGCGCCGUCGACGGUGAAACCAACAAGCUGACAAAGACGAUCGCGCUGCUCUCCGUCGGCCCCAUCGAGCUGCAGAUAAAAAAGACGAUCUCGCCGGUGAGCGGCUGCUCGAGCGCAGUGCCGACGCCGUCGAAACCACCGCCAAUCCCGGCGGACACGCGCGCCCCUACACCUCGAGCCCCGGCUGCUUCAGACAAAAGGGGCUUGAGCUGGCGGGCCCAGGCAUGGUGCUGCUUGGGCCUCACUGUGGCAAUCGUGAUCGUCGUCUUCGCGGCGGUGAGGCCUGAAACGUUCAUAGUACCGUCGCGCAUGGACCCCUUGCUCACCGCCGGCGGCGAGGGAGAUUCGCCAGUUGACGGCAACGAACAUACCACGAUGGUCCGCGUGGCCGCGCAGGUCCCGACUGGGUCGCGUGAACCAAGGCGAGAACGUCGGUCGCGCCGGAUGCCCCGGCCCCAGCUGCAAGAAACGUUGAUCAUCGAUAGCAAUGGGAAUUCACGGCUGGACACCAACACCGGCGAUGGCAAUGAAGAUUCAUCGGCGGACGGCAACGACGUCGGCGACGGUAAGCGCUUCUACUGCGCCAAGUGCAUGCAUGUGGUGCCAUGCGCAUGUAUACGGCGCAGCUUCACCUCGUGCGCCCAUGACUUCUGCUCGAGCUGUGUUUCUCGUCGACUGCAAGCACGGCGCGGCGACGGCGGCAAGCACUUCUACUGCACCAAAUGCAUGCAUGUCGUGCCAUGUGCAUGUAUACGGCCCAGCUUCACCUCGUGCGCCCACGACUUCUGCUCCAGCUGUGUCGCUCGUCCAACUUCCCAAGCGCAAGGACUGCGCCGCCGAGCCGGAAAGAUGCCACAGCAUCAGCCCCCCGUGGACAUGUUGCUGUUAACCGAGGGCAAUGGAGAUUCGCCGGUCGACGGCCACGGCGAGCUCUUCGACUGCGCCAUCUGCAUGGAGACGGUGCCCGGCGCCCUCAAGUUCAUCAUCAACUCGUGCGGCCACGCCUUCUGCUCCAGCUGCCUCGCCCAAUACGUGGCCGCGAAGCUGGACGACAAUGUCUGUCCCAUCGAAUGCCCGCAGCCAGGCUGCGAGGGCGGCACCGUCGAGCCGGAGAGCUGCCACGGCAUCAUCCCCACGGACCUCCUCGACAAGUGGGGUUUGCUGCUAUGCGAGCUCGCGGUCGGCUCCAAGAGGAUAUACUGCCCGUACCUAGAGUGCUCGGCGCUCUUGCUCGCCGACGGCGAGGCUGGGGCGGCGGCCAUCGCGGAGGCGGAGUGCCCGCACUGCCACCGGCUUUUCUGCGCCCGGUGCGCCGUACCGUGGCACGACGGCUUCGGGUGCGACGAGUUCCAGAAGAUCGGGCAGGACGAGCGCGGCCGGGAGGACCUCUCGCUCCGGCGUCUCGUCGGCAGGGAGGGCUGGCAGCGGUGCCCCAAGUGCCAGAUGUUUGUGGAGAAAUCGGAAGGGUGCAAUUACAUCAAAUGCAGGUGUGGAUACAGCUUCUGCUACCGAUGCGCAUCCGAGUUGUCCGCGCAAAACCAUUACUGCAACAAGUGCAAGCGCUAAUAACGAUCUGGUUGGCUAUGGAGGGACGGUUCUUAAUUAACACCAAGCAGGCCACACGAGUUCAUCUAGGCCAUGCAUGUUACCUCAAGCCUUUAUCCAAAAAAUGUUUCCUCAAGCGAAAAAUGGAAAUCUAUUCAGGAGAGAACCUUGAUUAAUUAGGUUGUACAGCUUGUUUGGUAUUAAUUUAAUUCUCCACUUGUAGGUGUGGAUUGGUGAAAAUAAUCUUGCCACUU